AUGGCCAGCACAGGUGAUAUUUGGCUGCAGUGGUUUUCGUGCUGCUUUCAUCAACCCCAAAGUCCUCGGCGUCGGAGGCACCACCAACGGCUGCGAAUCGAUCGUUCGAUGAUUGGUAAUCCAACCAACUUUGUCCACACUGGUCACAUUGGUUCAAACGAUGUGGAAUUAUCUACGAAUCAUCUUUCCGCCAUCCAGAAUCAGAUGCAAAGUAAAGGUGGCUAUGAUAUGAACUCUCUUAGGUUACAGACUUGCUGAUACACGAUAUCCGACAAAGUAGAUACCAGUAGCAAGUUUUCGUCUAACAGUUGACUAUUGAUUGUUGAUCUUGCUGAGCUAACGAAGGUGUGAGAUCUCUCCCUAAC